UUCUCCCAAAAUUCAUCAACAAAUUAAUUUUGUUUUUUUUUUUUUACCUUCUAAAACAAAAUAUUAAUUUCUACAAAUAGUUUGAAAAAAUAUUGAUGGAUCAAAUGGUAAAUGACGGUGAAAUGCCAAUCCCAAACUAUGCGGUGGGCACUCGUAUCCUAUUGGUCGAUUCCGACAUGACCUCUCUUUCUCAAACAACUUCAAUUCUUGAAGAAACAACUUAUCAAGUUACAAGUACUGCAUUCCCGAAUGUAGCAAUUUCAAUGAUGCAAGAACGAGCACACGGGUACGAUCUAGUCGUUGCUGCAAUGAGAAUGCGCGGAAUGGACUGCCUUACAUUCCUCAGAAUUGUGAAAACCCUGUCAGACAUCCCUCAAUCAGAACUAUACAGCAAGGAGCCUGUCAUUUCUUCGAGAAACCGAUCAGUAGACAGGAUGCUCAGGGGUUAUGGCAGUUUGUGUUCAGGAAAGGAAGGAAAAAGUGUAGAAUAA